CCAGCGCGGGCCGGAGGACGAUGAGAGGCUGAUUGUUUGCUCCGGCUCCCAUUCGCAUCCCCUCGCCUAUAAAUACCAGGGAGAAGAAAAGCCGCUCUCGCCGCCUCCCCCGGGCCGGGUUUCCUUUCCGACGGCCCGACCUGCCCCGAUGGCACCUCCCGGGUGCCGCAGAGCCUGAGAUCCCGCUGCCGCCCGCCGCUUCCAGAGGCGCAGCCCGCACCCCCGGCCGCCCCGCACCGCCCCCCCGCUCCAUCCCCAGCAGGAAAGGCGCCCCUCGCUCCGCUCUCCCCCCUCCCCUCCCGGUCUCGCCCGUGUCUCUCUGCCCGCCGGCGCCCGCCAAAGAGGAGAAGAUGCGUUUCGCGCCGCCGGGGCUCCUGCUCGCCCAGCUUCACGCCUGCAUCUACUGGAGCUGCCUCUGCCCCGCCGGCUGCCAGCAGCAGCCGCCGCGCCGGGAUCCCCCGCCGCCGCCCGCCGCCUGGAGGCAGCGGAUCCAGUGGGAGAACAACGGGCAGGUGUACAGCCUGCUGAGCCUGGGCUCGCAGUACCAGCCCCCGCGGCGCAGGCAGGCGGCGGAGGCGGCGGGCAGCCCCAUCCUGCUGCUGCGGAACAACGGCACGCUGCAGCCGCGGAGAGCCGCCCGCCCCGCCGCCGCGCAGCCCCAGCCCCAGCCCCUGCCCGCCGCCGGCAGCCGCGCCGCCUCCGGCGCCCGGCACUGGUUCCAGGCCGGCUACCAGGCUCCCGCCGGGGGCCGCGCCGCCGCCGCGCCCCGCAGCCCCGCGGCCGCCGCCUCCGCCGCCCGCAGCGCCGCCCCGGGCGCGCCGCGACCCAGCCCCGCCGGCGGCACCGGCACCGACGGCAACGGGAGCAGCGCCGGGGCCGGCAGCCUGCCGCCCCUGAGCAGCUUCAGGCCCGGCCGGGAAGAUGUCAUGGUAGGAGACGACCCCUACAACCCCUACAAGUACACGGACGAUAACCCCUACUACAACUACUACGACACCUACGAGCGGCCCCGCCAGGGCAGCAGGUACAGACCCGGCUACGGCACCGGCUACUUCCAGUACGGUCUCCCUGACUUAGUCCCGGAUCCCUAUUACAUCCAGGCGUCCACAUAUGUCCAGAGGAUGUCCAUGUAUAACCUGAGAUGUGCUGCCGAGGAGAACUGCUUGGCAAGUUCAGCUUAUCGAGCAGAUGUGAGAGACUACGACAAUCGGGUGCUCCUGAGAUUCCCCCAAAGAGUGAAAAACCAAGGCACAUCGGAUUUCCUGCCCAGCAGACCCCGUUAUUCAUGGGAGUGGCACAGCUGUCACCAACAUUAUCACAGCAUGGAUGAGUUCAGCCACUAUGACUUGUUGGAUGCGAGCUCCCAUAGAAAAGUUGCUGAAGGACACAAAGCAAGUUUCUGCCUUGAAGAUACUUCCUGUGAUUAUGGAUAUUACAGGCGGUAUGCAUGUACAGCACACACACAGGGUCUGAGCCCUGGCUGCUACGACACUUACAAUGCUGACAUAGAUUGCCAGUGGAUUGAUAUUACUGACGUAAAACCUGGAAAUUACAUUCUGAAGGUGAGUGUGAACCCCAGCUACCUGGUGCCCGAAUCCGAUUACUCCAACAACAUAGUCCGCUGCGACAUCCGCUACACGGGCCACCACGCCUAUGCCUCUGGCUGCACAAUUUCACCAUACUGAGAAAGAUGCAAGAAAUCGAUGAGAUGGUGCCAAAUGUUUUGAAGUGUCAUUAUACAAACUUCACUAGGAUGCAAACACAAUAGAGACAAAGCUACAGAACAUACACAGAUACACCCACACACCUUAUUGUGACUUUGAAGCACUUCUGCUGCUUCUCAACCAAAACUUAACUGGAUUUUAAGAAUCUAAAUUGGCAUUACUUGUAUUGCUAUUGAAAUGUGUGAAACUGGUGCUUCAUGUAGAGAUAUUUUAAUUUUUGAUAAUCUAACUCAUAAGAACACGGGACCAUUUUUUAGCUCCUUCAAAUUUGGAGUUUCUGUGAUAAUAGCCUUCAGUGGGAACAUUACUGGUGAAUGAGUUGAGCAAAUUUUAAAAUGUAGAAAAAAAUGUAUGCAAAAUGAAUUAAAUAAAACUCAAGAGAAAGUACUAAUGUCAGCUAUCUCAGAAAAUACCAUAAUGGAAAACAGAUUAAGAGUAAUGAUACAGUACCAUUAAAAAUUCUUGCUAGGACACAUUGGUAUGAAAGAGAGAAGUAUGUUCAGUUUUCAAGAAAUAUUAACAUAUAGCAGAGAAAUACAUAUAUAUUAUAUAUAUCAGUUAUACCCCUGAAAGAAAAGUUAUGUUUACAUUUUUAAUACAUUUGAAGUUUUUCCAUUUUUUCAAGUGAAAAACAGAUGGAAUUUUGAAAUACACCUUUCAUCUGUGAAAAUUAAUUAAAAAGCUUACCCACCUUUAUAUGUCCAAGAUAUUUUUCAAGGUGGGACUUUUAAAAAACUUCUGCAAACUUGAUGAGGAUAAAAAAAUACCUGUCAAGAAAUGGGCUCUUGGAGAUGAUGAAGAGUCCCUGAUGUGGUCUUGUGUGAAAAACAUCCAACUUGAGCAGGUUAACCAUCAAAAUAAUAUAGGCAACUAACUCAGGUGGCACCACAAACAGAAGUAGGUCAGAAUCUCUUACAAAGUAUUUUUAGCGUGAAGAAAACCUACUACCUGCUUCCCCCUUAAGUACUGUAGUUGACUUUAAAAUGUAUAUCUCAGUAUUCAAAAUAACAAAGUUUAAAAUAUACUAUAUAGAGAAGAAGAGCAAAAGUCAGUGUAUAUAACAUCCUACUUUAGGCUGUUCAGGAACCAAAUGCAACAUUGUUAAGGGGAAAAACUUCCAGCCCAAAUUAAUGUUUUUGCUGAACUGCUUAACUGGUGCUGGGUAUACUACUCCUCCUCCCAUCCCCAAAUUAUUUUGCUUUUGCAGUGCACCCUGCUGUAAGCUACAGUAGCUGUGAUUUUUGUUUUAAACUGUGAAAUGACAUAUCACAAGGGGAUCUGGCAGUUUUUUUCAGAAGAUUUCUGAUCAUGUAAAAUGAAGAAUCUACUUUUGGAACAAUGGGACCUAGAAAUAUUGGUUGGUAUUCAUUAAAUUUGAUCAGCAGUUCAAAACACAUAAUGACAUAUUGGAAGCUCAAUAAAUUAAAAAAAAAAAAAAAAGGAAAAAAAUGUGCUAUUCAAUAUAGUUAAAAAUGAUAAAUCUGAGGAGUAUGGAGAGGUUUUAUUAUCACUGUUAAGAAUACUUCAGGCAGCAUCUGGAAAUAUUUUAUGCAUUAGACCCCUAUGGAUUUAAUUUGGAAGUUUGAUGAAUUACCAUAAUAUCCUUCAAGGAUCAGCUGUUCUUUAGUACAUUUAUUUAAGUUUAUUUCCACCUAAAUCAUAACUUGGUUACAAAUUUGCACAAUUAGAACUUAAAAAGGACCUGAGAACCAGCAACCUGGUGAUUACUACCCACCAGUGGGAAAGGGUGCAGAAUUACAUAAUUUACACCUGCAGGUCCCUUUCUGUUUGCUGCGAGUUCCAUUUUAGCAAUCCGUAACCAGUAUGGGCAAUGAACAGAAGCAAAAUUUGGAAAAUUGAUUUAUGAGAAAACCAUUUGUUACAUACAGCUGGAAAAAGGAGGGCCUGUUUAAAGUCUAGGCUUCUGAAAGCUCAGCCCAAAGAGUUUUAAGUUUAAGAGGUGUUAAGGGAUGCAAGUGCAUUCACCUUUCUUAUAGAUUUAGGUCAAAAUUGGGGUCAAAGUCCUGAGAGCAGCUUGGGCAAUGGACACAAAAGCUACUGAAUGGAAGCCAGGCUGUGGGCACGGGCUGCUUCCUGGGAAGAGGUGGUGUGCUCGUACCUCAUUGUGCCUGAUGCUGGAUGUGGGAUAUGAGAGCACUAACUGGAGACGGAGCAGCCGCUGGAAGGGGGGAGCUCCUCGCUCUUGACACGCUCCUGCUCACACGUCUGUGCCCAAACUACUUGCAGAACUCCACUGAAGUCAGCAAGGAGGGCCUGGAGCAUCUGUGUGGGUGGAACAAGUGGGAAUGGCCUCGUUUGGAAAGGUGUUGAAUGCUGUAACUUUGAAUAUUGGGGAUAUUGGAGCUACGAAAAUGUAGCUUUUUUUUCCGUAGCAAAAUAUUGUAUUUGUUUUGAAAUGUGUGUUAAGCAACAGGACAUUGAUGUACAAUAGCACAAAAAUUGCCUAAGACAUGAACAGAAAAACAAAGGAUUUUAGGAUUAAAAAAAAAAAUGAAGGAAUGUGACUUUAACCCUGUCUAACUAUAGUAAAUCACAACGCAGUAGAAGAGUUUAUUAUAUAGCAUGUGUAGAAGUAGUUCUAAAUAGGGGAGCGCCAACCAGUAUUUUCAGUAUCUUGGCUCUGCAGAUUUGACACCUUACUUUUUGCAUACUGGAAUAUGUUUUUGGGAUUAUGUGCAUUUUUGUUCAAAAGCAUUUUUAAAAAAAUAGUUUUGGUAAAAGCUUUUAUUUUUACAGCAAAUUGUAUUUGGAUUCCAUUUUACCAGACAUCAGGCUUAUUCCCUUAUCUUUUAAAAGCAUAUUGACAUUGGUCUCAGUGGGAGCAAAUUUAAAUUUUGUGAGAUUCCUACAAUGAAUUUGCUCAAAUUUCUUCUUGAAAACCCAGAACGUAUAAAUGUGUAUGAAAUAAUAACCUCCCACAUUUCAAAUCUUUAUGUAAGAAUUGCACAUAAUGUGUGUCAGGCUCAUUAAAGGGUUUGUUAUGUAUUUUUUUUUAAUCCUGAAAUACAUUUGGUAUUUGUGAAUUUCUAGACAAAAGUGUAACAAAAAUGACAGACUGGUCACCAAUGGAACCAAAAUACUGUGUAGAUGACGUUUUUGUGUUAGGAAGUCUACUCGUUUUUUUUUCUCUGCUCCAGAAUGAAUGCACAUAUCAAAUGUACCUUCCUAUUGUCAUUCAUGCAUUGUUUGCAGUGUGCUCAUUCAAAACCAGCAGGGUGGUUUUUAUAAAUGAGACAUUGAAAGGUGGUUUAUCCUGUGUCUCACAAUUAUGCCAAAAAGGCAUUUUCAUUUUCUCCAAAUCCUAAAAGGUGCUGAAAGAUUUUAACUUGAAUUAAAACCAAAGAGUAUGUAAUUGGGAGGUUUUUAUUAUGCAACUAAAUGCUACAGAUACAGUGAAAUGCCACUUGUUUUUGCAACUUUCUUGAAGACUUUUCAUUAUUUCCUUCACUUUUUUUCCAAGGAUUCUUAAUUUCAGUAACUUUGCAUCUUUAUCUGAAGAGCUCUAAUUUAUAAUAUUCAGGCACUAGCUUUGUAUUCUUCAUUGCACUUUCAUAUUCUUGUGUUACAUGCCCGUAUUAUGGUUGCAAGUUUAUGUGAAAAUGACUUGAAUAAAAUGUUUCAAGCGUUCUA